CUCUUAGCCGGACCUCGAGACAUGUGGCUGAGACUUUCUGAAAGCUGCGUUCCGUUUCUGGCCAAAAACACUUCCCACAUAGUGCGAUUCGUCAGCAUUUCAUUGCAGGAGUUUGAACUAUAAAAACGGUCUACUAAGUGCAAACCAGCCGCAGUUGCACUCAAAGUGGUGAUCAGGACAGGCCAGGGCCGGACAUGACUGGAGCUGGAAGUGGCGGCCAGGGCCCGCCCGAUGGGACGGAUGCUGAGGAGGCCGAGAGAUGUCCUAUCUGUCUGGGCGUCCUGGCUGGAGGCGAGCUCGCCAUGCCUGACAGCUGCUGCCACGUCUUCUGCCUCAGAUGCCUCCUCACAUGGGCAGAGUUACAGAUGGCUCCUUCCUGCCCGGUGGACAGAAGACCUUUCACCAAUGUUUACAGAUGGGAUGGGAAUCUCAGCUGCGUCCAGGUUCCUGUGAGGAAACGAGCGACUCAGCUUGAAGCUGAGAGUUGCUGCUGUAGAAACCCCGAACAGAAAGUCUGUCUCAAAAGUAAGCCCGCAAGAAGACUGAGACGGCAAAAAGUGCAAAGGACGGCAGACGCCAAAACAAAAGGACUUGUGAGGAAAUGUAACGAUGAGGACCCCUCCUCUCUGAGCAGAAAGAAGGUGAGAGGAACAGAGUGCUGCACUUGGUCACCGUCUCCCUGUGUCUCAUUAACAACCACAUCAGCACAGGACGUUGCAGAGCCUGUUUGGGUGACAGAGGACAUACCAUAUGACACUGGUUUCAAACAGUGCAAACCCCAAGCACAAGACUGUCCCUGGCUGUCUCCUGCUGCUCCAGUCCCUGCUAAUGGCACCUCAAGGCAGAGUUUCCAUCCUGCUGAUUGGAACCACAGCCCGUUUCCAUUUGGACUCUGCUCAUCUCCCUUUACCUCCGGCUCACUGUUUGGCCAUGGCCAUUUUGUGUUUGAGGGUGUUGUCUGCGCCAUCACAUGUCCCAAAGGAGGAGAGAAGAGAAGCAGCCGAGCCUCAACCUCCAAAGCUCCCACCAAAGAGGCUGAGUCUCUACCGACCAGGCGAUCUGGACGCAACAGUAAAAGCCAGGAAGAGACCCCUGCAUCUGACCCUUCAUCACCGCCUCAGUCCAGUUCAUCAGACUCUGACUCAUCUACCAGCCAGUCCACCAAGCCGGCCAGGACUUCUCAGGCACCAGCCAAGAGGAAGGGUAAACAGGUGACAAACCGAAAGGCCAGCGGUAAAAGGAAAGCCACAACAAGAAAAAAACGCUCUCCAGAACUCGUUAGCAGUCCGGCAGCAAGUGAGGAGGAGGAGGAAGAGGGUGAUGGAGGUGACAGCAGGGAGAAGGACGAGGAAGAAGAUAAAACUGAUAAAGAGCAGGAUACAAACAAUUCAGAGCUGCAAGAGUCUGAUGCUGAGGGGAGCGUCAGUGCAGACCAGGAUGGUUUCAACUCUGCUGAUGAGCAAAGAGGUGCAGAAUCUCUGACUAAUGAUGUGGGACAGGACAGUGAUGAGACUCAGGAAGAACCCAAUGAACCUGAACAAGACGAGAAACCGGGUGAGGAAGAUGAUGACUUAUCUUGUCCCUCACACUCAGCUCCUAACAGCCCUGGCUCAUGCUCUGAGGACGACCAGAGCAGAAGAGAGGUGGAAGAGCCAGCCAGCCCUGUUUCCUUUGGAGACAACGACUCUGAGAAGAGGAGUUCUCCUUCACCCUCUGACCCUCAGAGUGCUCUGCUGGAAGACCAGACAUCUCCACACUGUGACGAGCAAAGUGAGCAGCAUGACGAAAUGGAGAUUUGUGAGGAGUCAGAAGAAGCCAACAGUGACGAGUCGUCAAAGGUUGAAUCAUGUGAGAACUUGGCGCAGCCUUGUUCUCUCUCUGCACAAGAGUCAGAGGAAAAAGUAUCUGACCCAGAAACAAAAGCUUCUGAGGACACUGAUACAAAAAUGUUUGGAUCUGAAGAGCCUUCGCAUGUUGACAGUUCCGGGGAAGGAGACAAGGAUGAAAGUCAACCCAUGGAUGACACUAACGUUGUCCCCAUGGACUGCAGUUCACCCAUGAGUGUACAUGAUAACAACCCCAUUUUGGAACUACCAAAGGGAAGUGCUGACCCAGCUGCUCCAGGACCCCCUCCUUCUGAAAGCCAAGUCGCCAAAGACGAGAGCAGCAAGGACCAACGGGAGAGGGAGAAGAGCCAAGAGAGGAAGAACGGCAGGCAGCGGCGCUCCCGCUUCCACUCGCCAACCUCCACCUGGUCACCUAAGAGGGACUCCAAGAGAGAAUCAUCCAGGCGCUCGCGCUCACGGUCUAGAGAGCGUGACGGCAGCCCGCCCUCUCGCCGCUCUUCUCAGGCUCGUAGCAGAGAAAGAGACAGGGACCAGGACAAUGAGAGAGACUAUUCUAGAAGGGACCGUAGUCGUGAGAGGAGGAGACGGCGUUCAAGGAGUCGCUCUAGAUCCAGGUCUCGCUCGCGGUCUAGGUCUCGAUCCAGAACAAGGUCCUACAGACGGGGGCCCAGCCCUGAAUGGUCCAAAGACCAGUCUCCUCAGAGGAAAGAGCGUAGGGGCGGUUGGAGGUCUGGACAGGGCAGCGGGUCUGGUGGUGAAGGACGGCGGUAUCAUGGAGGCUCUGGCCGCUUUGAAAAUGGUGUGCCUACAGAAGGUUCCCCUGAUCGCCAGGGUUGGACAGACAAUCCUGACUGGGUUACAGAAAAGUCUCGUGGUGAAGCUGAGGGCAGGAACCGGGACUUUGGCUUCACAGGCAGCUCACGCUGGGAAGACCACCGCAACAGUGGCGGGAACAGGGGAGAACCACGGGGCCGGGGUGGCCGCGGAGGGUUUGAACACAGCCGAGGUUCAGGGCGGGGCGGUGGCGGCAGCCGUAGCUUCUACAGUCAGCAGGAGGACACAUCGGAAAACCGCUGGCAGUCCAGAAACAACUUCUCAGGUACAGGCAACAAUUCAGGGAAUGACGCGUACAGCCGCUUCAACGAAAACCGGGGCGGUGGCCGGAGGAAAGAAUCUGAGCCAAGUGACUCUUUGCUCGACCGGUCCGGAUGGUCAUCAGCGUCCAGCUGGGCUGUCAGGAGGACACUACCUGCUGACGUUCAGGACUAUUACUCCAAGAGGGAGAGAGGAGGACCAGGAGGCUGGAACCGACAAGAGGAGGAGCAGCAGCCAGCAGCAGCAGAUCCCCCUAAGAGUGAACCUCCUUCCCAGGCAGUCCCGGGUAACGCUCCGGUGCCUGUGAUGAGCGUGAUUCCUCCUCAUCCUCCGCAGCUGAAUGUUCUUCACCAUCACUACUCGAUGCAAGGCCCGCGAGGAGCCCUGCCUGUCAGCUUGCAGCCUGCAGCCCAGUACCCAAUUCCUCCUCAGGUCCCCGUGCACCUCCACCCUGCUGUGCCAAUGCUUCAGGUGCCCGCAGUCGGCGCUCAGGUCCUCCCACCUCCUCCCCCACCGCCUCCACCCAUGCAACAAGGCAGCCAGACUGCAGCAGCUCAGCCUGAUGGCCAUAUGGCUCAGAUGGCGAGUACCAUGGUGGGUUAUGGGAAAUCCGCCCUGCUUCCCACCCCUACCAAAGCUGGUGUUGCCACAGUGACCCAGGGACAGCCAGCACCCAGCCAGGUGCUGCCAUCCUCUACAACUCAGCCUGGUCAUAACAAGGCUCAGGCCGACAGCUCCAAAAAAGAAAAGAAACAACAGAUCCAAGAGAAAGCUAUAAAUGAAGUGAAGACAGCCAUCAAACCUUUUUACCAAAAGAAGGAAAUCACCAAGGAGGAGUACAAGGAGAUUGUCCGCAAAGCGGUAGAGAAGGUGUGUCACAGCAAGAGUGGUGAGGUGAACUCCAGUAAGGUGGCCAACCUGGUGAAGGCCUACGUGGACAAAUACAAGCACGCCCGCAAGAAGUGAAUCUCUGCCCUGCUGCUGGCGUGGCGAUGCCCUCGCUGACCCAUUCAGCUGCUCAAGUGCAAUUUCCUCAAGCUGGAAUUUGGCCUCCAAACUGAAAAGAUGACGGAGAGCCAGCAUUUUCUUUUUUUGAUAUCUGUACCUUUUACUGAAUGAUGAAGAUUUUUUUCUAUAGAUUUUCAUAUUUUGUUAGAAAAAGAAUGACCCAAUCAGAAAUUGUAAUGCAAGAGCCCUUUAUUUUGCAUAGAUCAUGUGGCUUGGGAACUACUGUAAGGAGCGCAGGGUAGCGUGGGGCGGGGGAGUUGGGGUGGGGGGGGGUGGGGGGGGGGGGUGGGAAUGGUUGAUACUAAAGAUGCAACGCUCAGUGAACGACGCCAGCCCAUGCAGUGGAGAUUGUCUCCCAGGGUUCCGGCUGGUACGAUGAAUUUCUUCUCCAUGGCAUCCUGAUCGCAUAGCUUAUUAAUUGAAUAUUGUCAAUGUUCCUUUUUUUUUUUUUAUUAUUAUUAUAUAAUAUUUCAGAGGAAAACCUAGUUUAAAAAACAGUGCAUUGCCUUUAUUAAUCUCUGUGGCCCAGUGACGGGCUGGAAUCUGAUGAGUGUGAUUGUAAUCAGGGCCCUGAUUGGUUGAGGAGACGCUAAGUGGGAUGGCCAAUCAGCAGUGAGUGUGUGAUGUGAGGCGCAGGUCCCAGGGGGACCAGCAGAUCAGGUGAAAUUGACCCCACACCCUGCCUGAAUGUGUAAUAAAUGUCAAUGCGUGAAACAGGAACUUGUGCAAAGGAUCCAGAGAGUAGUGAAAUAAAUUAGCUGCUUCCUGAUGCUCCGUGUGUUUGUUAGAGGCCUCGCAUGCAGGAGGGCGACGCCUCCGGAUCACAUUUUAUAGAUUGGAGGGUUUCCUUCCUCUGACAGUACAUCUUCACUUUGUCUUCAUCUUUGAGCUGUGGUCUUGUUUUUGGAUUGCAUCACCUUUCGGAACAGUGGCUGGUUCUGUGGCGUGUGUGUGUGUGUGUGUGUGUGUGUGUGUGUGUGUGUGUGUGUGUGUGUGUGUGUGUGUGUGUGUGUGUGUGUGUGUGUGUGUGUGUGUGUGUGUGUGUGUGUGUCUGAAUGAGGUUCGUCUGUCCCUCAAAUUAUCCAAGGAAAGUACAACCAGGCAUCAUUAAAAGCUUCUAUGAAACAGGUGAAGAGUAUGUCGGAGCACUGUUACAAUAUAUGGUAUUAAUCAUAUGAGACAAGUUUAAAAAAAAAACAAAAAACUUUAGGUAUUUACAUGGAAAUGUCAGCAACUACUGCUUUUAACCAACACAAUUAUAAAGUACUUAGUACUUAGUACUUAAACUACUAGUAUUUCCACCCACACAAGUCUUUUGUAACAACGUUGACCUCAGGUUCUCAGGCUGCUGUGUUGGGAAUCACAUGAUGUUACAGGACACCGCUAACUAAUAAGAAUAUGUUGGGGUUUUGUUGUUGUUGUUGUUGUUGUGCACAACAAACAGUUUUAGGUCUUUUUCAGAUUGAGACACUUUUAAAAACAGGUUUUUCUCUAUCAAAUGAACAACAGCUACGUUCUGUAAAAAUGCCCCAGUGAGCCAGUAUGCACACGUCUACCAGGACCCUGAGCCUGAAGCAGCUAAAUGGAAUACAGCCAUGUUAAAUCUACUUGUUUACACCUGUGCUUGUCCUACUGUGACAUGUCAAACUAUCCCCAGUGCUUAAAAAAAAAAAAGAAAAAGAAAGAAAUAAUUAGCUGCAGUGAAGCUGAUGAGAGAGUUGGGCAGAUGUGAGUCGUACACGUCCACACGGUCCUGAGCUGAGGUCCAAUCAGCCAGUGGAGUGAAAUCACUUGUGUGGGUUCGUCAUGGUCGUCAGUGACAGUGCAAUGAUUCAGGUGUGUAAUGUGGUAGCACAGUGACAAAUAUGAAAAGUGAGCAUAGGCAUGAGUGUAAUAAUUUGUACAUAGUUAUAGAAUAGUUUGUCAAGUGUAUAUUUCUCUGGUAUGAUCCUUUGCAAACAUAUCAUGAAGUAUUUAUACUAAAUAGAACACACCCUGUGUUUCUUCAGACUGGUUAUACUAUCAGUUAGUUUUUGUUUUAUUUUUCUUUAUCAAUUAGAGUUAAAUAGUUAAUAAGUUGUAAGAGAAUGAUCAGCCAUUUUGGUAAAGGAUUAGUUGUUUGGGUAUUUUUUUAAGCCGAUUGUCAGACAUGCUCUGGCUGCAGAUGUGUGAGCAUGUGAUUCUUCUCCUUUGUCAUAUAUAACAGUGCAAUGACAUCUAUGGGUUUUGAAUAAAUCACACUGGGUUCUGGGAAAUGACAGUGGACAUUUGUCACUAUUUUAUGGACGAAACCGUUAAUUGAGUGAAUAAUCAGAAGGUUAAUGGUUGAACUGAAAAGGAUUCGUUGCUGUCCCAGUGGAGGUGUGUCCUCUGGUGACCACUAGGGAGCAGUGUUGUCAAGUGGAGAGUGAUUUUCCUCCCAGAGGAGAGAGAGCUUCAUUUUAAAUUCAGCACCUCAGUCAUGUUUGAUUAGAUUCCCUGUUAGUUUGCAUUUGGAUCAUUGAUUACAACCACAGUUAUGACAGCAUCUUCCUUUAUGUGAUGAAGGCACGGAGUAACUGCAUAGAUAUUCAUUUUAUAGAGAGGUGGAGCUAAGAGGGGUCGCGGCCUCUGCUGAGGUGGACUAUAAGUCUGAAAUCCACCUGACCAGAUGUUUUAAAGUCCCUGUUAGCUGCGUGAUGGAGGAUGUGGUACAGAUCCACUGAGUAACACUCCAGAUCGGUCUAAAUGUUUUAUGUCCUCAUGAACCGCAGUCAUGAAUAAAUAGGAAAGAUUUAUUUUUGUCUCUCCUGUAUUCUUCUACAGAAGAGAUUGAAAGGCAUUUUCUUUCCAUAACUAUGCAGUUCAUACUUUUUUAAAAUCAUAUUUGUGUUAUGUUUAAUUAAUAAUGAUCCUCAGCUGCCUUUGUUAAGAUUAACAAGCAUUCAGACAGUCACCUGACCAGGUGUUUGCACACAGAAAAAGAAGCUGACACAGGACACAAAGAGCAGCAACAGUCCAUGCUAUAGAUUAUCUUUGUUUUUAAUUGGACAUUAAUUACAGGAUAUACAUAGUGUUUCAUUGAAACAAGAGUGUAACACUGGUGGGCAAAGCUCUCUUUGCUCCUGAGGUCAAGAGAUGGCUGACGUACUCUCUAACCAAGAUGUGCGUAAAGUACUUUUUAGUUGGUGUUCAGAGGGUCC